AUGGGAUUUUUUCUUUUUGCAUUCGCUGAAGAGGACUUUUACAAGAUAUUUAAAAAAAAUUAAAUGACUAUGCUUGCCAAAAGCGGAUAAACCCACUAGACGUCGCCAAUCUUUUUUUCCAAAAUGUAGUCUUUUUGGAUUUUCUAUAUGAACCACCUACUCAAGGAAUCAACUCCCUACGGCAGAGCCGCCUGGAGAGUGCCCCGAUGGUCCGAAGAGAAAGACCAUGUAGUAGGCAAAGCCUGUCUAGCCCAUCUGGCAGGCAUAAGGAAACCUUCGGAUAGAAGCAGGUCUUUCCUCUUCUCUUGGCAUCCCCAAAAUUGAAGGUACUUUAAAAAGGAUAAAGGCUCUGUUUUCAGCUUCACAAAAAUGAGUCCUAUCUGCUCCAUAGGGAGUGCGCCCAGAGUUUAAUUUCCUCCAGCGUCAAUAUUUAUUUAUUCAAGAUAUUAGGAAUCAAUAGAAAUGCUGAUGAGAAAACUAUUAAAAGAGCAUAUAAAAAUCUUUGUCAAAAAUAUCCCUUCCCAGAUGAAAAUAGCGAAAAUAAAGUAGAAAUCGACCAAAUGUUUAAGAGAAUUAAAAAUGCAUAUGAAGUACUGAUUGAUCCAGAAAAGAGAAAAAACUAUAAUGUUUAUGGAGAUGAGUGAAAUGAAAGUUUCGGUAAUUUGGCUCAAAGGCUUACUAAUAAAUUUUUUACAAUAUUUUACAAUUGAUGGGAUGAUAAUUUUAAUUUUAUUUCCAAGUUUAGAGCAGAACCGACAAAUGAUCAUAAAAAUUCUCACUCAAAAGCAAGUUUAAUCGUAUAUUAA